AAAACGAGAAGUACCGACCAUGUUCUCCAAGCUUCUUUUGUGUUGCCUGUUCGCCUACGUUGCCUGCGGCGUUGUUGUAGAACACCCACCACAACCAUACAGCUUCGGCUACGAUAACGUCGACGGAUUCGGCACCCGCAUGACCCGCCAAGAGACAGGCGAUGCCUUCAACAACAAAGUCGGCUCUUACAGCUACGUCGAUGCCUUUGGUGUCUCCCGUGUCGUGAAGUACGUCGCCGACGCCACCGGCUUCCAUCCCACCGUCGAGACCAACGAGCCAGGCACCAAGACCUCGGUCCCAGCCGACGCUCCGUUCUUCUCUUCCGCUGUUGAGGGCCCACACCCCGCUGUUGUGGAGGCUGUUCAUCCAGCCCCAAUCGCCGUUCGCGCUCUCCAUGCCACUCCAGUUGCUGUGCGUGCUACCCUUGGCGCCCCAGUGGUUCACGCUGCCCCUUCGACCUACGCACACCACACUCCUCUUAGCUAUGCUGUUGCCAGGCCAUUCUAAGUUACAAAUAAAUCAUAUCUCCUUCACCUUGUAAAA